GUUCCAAGCAGGACCCUCCGCACAUCUCCGACGACAGGCUGAUUGCUGAGCAGAAGCAUGGCAGGUUCAUGUGCGACAGAUGCGGCAAGGAUCAUCUACGCUCCACAGACGGUACAUGGAUCUCGGACGAUGCACGCCUGAUGGUAGCGCAGAACUGGCCCCAGGCCUACCUCGACGGUACAAACAUGGGAUGGCACUGCGAGAUCUGCUGGAUCCGACACCUGGAGGAAGAGGGCAUCCCAGCACCAACUGGUGCAACAGUCGCGGAUAAGGUCAAGGAGUACGAACAUUGGAGGGGCGAGCCCUCCUGCUCGCCUGGCGCGCGGGCGCCGCGUGUGCCAGAGAUGGCAGGCGUCGAAGACGAUUCCACGGCGAUCGAGGGCGUGGCGGAGUGGAUCACGAACAACGUCAAGGCGUCCGUGUGCGACAUCCCGCUGAAGGACCUCGACAUGGUGGUGUCCUUCGCCAGCAACUCCACGACGAUCAAGGAGAUGUUCGAGCUCGUGGCGGACCAGAUCCCGAACAACAUCAAGGCCUACGAGUACGACAUCCCGCGGAAGGAUCUCAAGAUGGUGGUGCUCUGCGCCAGCAACUCCACGACGAUCCAGGAGGGGUUGAAGCUCGUGGCGGAGUGGAUCCCGGACAUCAUCAAGGCGUCCGUGAGCGACAUGCCGCUGAAGGACCUCAAGAUGGUGGUGCCCUUCGCCAGCAACUCCACGGGGAUCCAGGAGAUGUUCGAGAGCAUGGCGGAAUGGAUCCCGAACAGCAUCAAGGCGUCCUUCGCCGGCAACUCCGCGGCGAUCCAGGAGAUGUUCAGGCUCGUGGCGGAGUGGAUCCCGAACAACAUCAAGGCCUCCCUGUACAACAUCCCGCUGAAGGACCUCGAGAUGGCGGCCGUCGACGACGACUCCACGGCGAUCCAGGAGAUGUUCGAGAGCGUGGCGGAGUGGAUCGCGAACAACAUCAAGGCGUCCGUGUGCGACAUCCCGCUGAAGGACCUCGACAUCAUGGUGGCCUUCGCCAGCGCCUCCAAAACGAUCCAGGAGAUGUUCGAGCUCGUGGCGGACCAGUUCCCGAACAACAUCAAGGCCUACGAGUACGACAUCCCGCCGAAGGAUCUCAAGAUGGUGGUGGUCUUCGCCAGCAAUUCCACGACGAUCCAGGAGGGGUUGAAGCUCAUGGCGGAGUGGAUCCCGGACAUCAUCAUGGCGUCCGUGAGCGACAGCCCGCUGAAGGACCUCAAGAUUGUGGUGGCCUUCGCCGGCAACUCCACGGGGAUCCAGGAGAUGUUCGAGAGCAUGGCGGAUUGGAUCCCGAACAGCAUCAAGGCGUCCUUCGCCGGUAACUCCGCGGCGAUCCAGGAGAUGUUCUGGCUCGUGGCGGAGUGGAUCCCGAUCAACAUCAAGGCCUCCCUGUACAACAUCCCGCUGAAGGACCUCGAGAUGGCGGCCGUCGACGACGACUCCACGGCGAUCCAGGAGAGGUUCGAGAGCGUGGCGGAGUGGAUCACGAACAACAUCAAGGCGUCCGUGUGCGACAUCCCGCCGAAGGACCUCGACAUGGUGGUGGCCUUCGCCAGCAACUUCACGACGAUCCAGGAGAUGUUCGAGCUCGUGACGGACCAGAUCCCGAAGAGCAUCAAGGCCUUCGAGUACAACGUACCGCUGAAGGACCUCAAGAUGGUGGUGACCUUCGCCAGCAACUCCACGGGGAUCCAGGACAUCAAGACGGUGAUAGCCAUCGCUGGCAACUCCACGACGAUCCUGGAGAGGUCGAAGCUCGUGGCGGAGUGGAUCCCGAACAACAUCAAGGCCUCCGUGUGCGACAUCCCGCUGAGAGACCCCAAGAUGGUAGCCGUGGGCGGCAAUCCCACGGCGACCCAGGAGAUGUUCGGGCGCCUGGCGGAGUGGAUCCUGAACAACAUCAAGGCCUCAGGGUACGUCAUCCCGCUCAAUGACCUCGAGAUUGUGGUAGCCUUCGCCGGCGACUCCUCGAUAAUCCAGGAGAGGCUGAGGCUCGUGGCGGAGUGGAUCCCGAACAACUUUCCAGGUGUCAGGUCUGUGGGCGUCCACGCCUGCUUUCAGCGACCGGGCGGCGAGGACAUCUACGAGGAGGCCAUGGCCGAACUCGAGGGUAUGGCGUGUGCUUUCGCGCGAUCGGGCCUGGCGCUAUCUGUUCACGCGCGGGGGCGCUUCCACCGGCGCCGUGUCGUCUUGUGCCGCGGCGACAUCGGCGUCGCGGAACUCGCGCUCGACCUGGGCCUCCACUUCUUCGCCCCGCCGCGGCGGCAGGCGGAAAGCGGAGGCGGGGAUGGGCUGCUGCCGCCGCCGCGGGCCGCGGCUGACGCGGGCCUGCUCUCCAACGCCCGAAUCCGACAGUUGCUGCGCAGCAUCGCGCUGCUUCGGCGGAUCGUCGCCCAGGGGUGGCGGCUUCGCCCCGCCCAAUCGGCCAAGAUGGCCCGCGAGGGCCCCUUGCGCGCCGAGCUGGCCCGGAGACGAUUCGAGCGCUUCGGCCCGGGCCUGCGCGAAGAGGUGAACCCGGCCUGUGAGUGUCCCAACGAGCUGUGUGCGCGCGACGGCUACCUGCUGAACCCUGGCGCCUGCCUGCGCUGCCGCCGCUGCCGCUUGCUGCGGCCGGCGCGGCUGCUCCGCUCGCUGAUCCCGAUCCGGCGCCGGCGUCUGCGGCGCAGUUGGCGACAGGUCGCGAUGGAGCCGCUGAGCGUCGUCAUCGGGGGCCCGGUACCGAGCAGCCUCGCCGAGAAGAUAUCCUUGCCGAUCCCCGCCCUAGAGAUCGCGGUGACCUUCAAGGCGUCCGUGUGCGACAUCCCGCUGAAGGACCUCAGGAUGGCAGCCGUCGCCGACGGCUCCGCGGCGAUCCGGGAGAUGUUCGAGAGCGUGGCCUCCGAGUGCGACCUCCUGGGGAUCCAGGAGAUGUUCGAGAGCACGGCGGAGUGGGUCCCAAGCAGCAUCAAAACAAUCCUCGCUGGCAACUCCACGGCGUUUCAGGAGAUGUGCAGGCUCGUGGCGGAGUGGACCCCGAACAACAUCAAGGCCUCCCUGCACAACAUUCCGCGGAAGGGCCUCAAGAUGGCGGACGUCGACGACGACUCCACGUCGAUCCAGGAGAUGAUCGAGAGCGUGGCGGAGUGGAGCACGAACAACAUCAAGGCGUCCGUGUGCGACAUCCCGCUGAAGGACCUCGACAUGGUGGUGGCCUUCGCCCGCAACUCCGCGACGACCCAGGAGAUGUUCCAGCUCAUGGCGGACCAGAUCCCGAACAACAUCGAGGCCCCCGAGUGCGACAUCCCCCUGAAAGAUCUCAAGAUGGUGGUGGUCUUCGCCAGCAACUCCACGACGAUCCAGGAGGGUUUGAAGCGCGUGGCGGAGUGGAUCCCGGACAACAUCAAGGCGUCCGUGAGCGACAUCCCGCUGAAGGGCCUCAAGAUGGUGGUGGCUUUUGCCAGCAACUCCGCGAGGGUCCAGGAGAUGUUCGAGAGCAUGGCGGAGUGGAUCCCGAACAGCAUCAAGGCGUCCGUCGCCGGCAACUCCACGGCGAUCCAGGAGAUGUUCAGGCUCGUGGCGGAGUGGCCCCCGAACAGCAUCAAUGCCUCCCUGCACAACGUAUUGCUGAAGGACCUCGAGACGGCGGCCGUCGACGACGACUCCACGGCGAUCCAGGAGAUGUUCGAGAGCGUGGCAAAGUGGAUCUCGAACAACAUCGAGGCGCCCGGGUGCGACAUCCCGCUGAAGGACCUCGACGUGGGGGAGGCCUUCGCCGGCAACUUCACGACGGUCCAGGAGAUGGUCGAGCUCGUGGCAUACCAGGCCCCGAACAACAUCAAGGCCUCCGAGUACGACUUCCCGCUGAAGGAUCUCAAGAUGGUGGUGGUCUUCGCCGCCGGCAACUCCACGACGAUCCAGGAGGGGCUGGAGCGCGUGGCGGAGUGGAGCCCGGACAGCAUCAAGGCGUCUGUGAGCGACAUCCCGCUGAAGGACCUCAAGAUGGUGGUGGCCUUCGCCAUCAACUCCGCGGGGAUCCAGGAGAUGCUCGAGAGCAUGGCGGAGUGGAUCCCGAACAGCAUCAAGGCGUCCUUCGCCGGCAACUCCACGGCGAAACGCUCGAAGCGCACCGAGCCGGGCCGUGCCUGGCGAAAUUAUCUGACGGGCGGUGCGUUGGAGAUGCGCAGUCUCGUGGCGGAGUGUAUCCCGAACAACGUCGAGGCCUCCCUGCGCAAAAUUCCGCUGAAGGGCCUCAAGAUGGCGGACGUCGACGACGACCCCGCGUCGAUCCAGGAGAUGAUCGAGAGCGUGGCGGAGUGGAGCAUGAACAACAUCAAGGCGUCUUUGUGCGACAUCCCGCUGAAGGACCUCGAAAUGGUGGUGGCCUUCGCCCGCAACUCCGCGACGAUCCAGGAGAUGUUCCAGCUCAUGGCGGACCAGAUUUUGGACAACAUCAAGGCCCCCGAGUACGACAUCCCCCUGAAAGAUCUCAAGAUGGUGGUGGUCUUCGCCAGCAACUCCACGACGAUCCAGGAAGGGUUGAAGCGCGUGGCGGAGUGGAUCCCGGACAACAUCAAGGCGUCCGUGAGCGACAUCCCGCUGAAGGGCCUCAAGAUGGCGGUGGCCUUCGCCAUCAACUCCGCGGGGGUCCAGGAGAUGUUCGAGAGCAUGGCGGAGUGGAUCCCGAACGGCAUCACGGCGUCCCUCGCCGGCAACUCCACGGCGAUCCAGGAGAUGUUCAGGCUCGUGGCGGAGUGGAUCCCGAACAACAUCAAGGCCUCCCUGUACAACAUCCCGCUGAAGGGCCUCGAGACGGCGGCCGUCGACGACGACUCCACGGCGACCCAGGAGAUGUUCGAGAGCGUGGCGGAAUGGAACACGAGCAACAUCGAGGCGUCCGCGCGCGACAUCCCGCUGAAGGACCUCGACAUGGUGGUGGCCAUCGCCAGCAACUCCACGACGAUCCAGGAUAUGUUCGAGCUCGUGGCGGACCAUGCCCCGAACAACAUCGCGGCCUCCGAGUACAACUUCCCGCUGAAGGACCCCGACGUGGUGGUGGCCCUCGCCAGCAACUCCACGACGAUCCAGGAGAUGUUCGAGCUCGUGGCGGACCAGGUCCCGAACCACGUCAAGGCCUCCGAGUGCAACAUCCCGCUGAAGGACCCCGACAUGGUGGUGGCCCUCGUCAGCAACUCCACGACGAUCCAGGAUAUGUUCGAGCUCGUGGCGGACCAGGUCCCGAACAACAUAAAGGCGUCCGUGUACAACACCCCGCUGCAGGACCUCAAGAUGGCAGCCUUGGCCCACGGCUACACGGCGAUCCAGGAGAUGUUCGAGGGCGUGGCGGAGCGGAUCCCGAACAACAUCAAGGCGUCCUUCGCCGGCAAUUCCACGACGAUUCAGGAGACUUUCAGGCGGGCGGCCUUCGCCGACAACUCCACGGCGGUCCAGGAGAUGCUCGAGCACAUGGUGGAGUGGAUCCUGAUCAACAUCAAGGCCUCCCUGUGCGGCAUCCUGCUGGAGGGGCUCGAGACGGCGGCCUUGGCCAACAACUCCGCGGCAAUCCAGGUGAUGCUCAAGCAUGUGGCGGAGUGGAUCUCGAGCAACUCCACUGCGGUCCAGGAGAUGUCCGAGAGCGAGGCAGUGCGAAUCCCGAACAACAUCAAGGCCUCCGUGUGCGACGUCCCGCUGAGGGGACUCAUCCCGUUCCCGUGUCUGCACUUCUUAGUGAACAGGUAUCUGCGGCUCUUGGCUGCGCCCCCAGCGUUGCGCGUGGACAUCGUGGCCGUGGAGCGGACAG